AUGUUCCAAUUCUUUUUCUAUGUUGGAUGGCUCAAAGUGGCUGAAUCAAUGAUUUGUCCUUUUGGAGAAGACGACGACGACUUCGACCUGAAUUGUAACUGCUUGAUUUCCUUGAAUUUGAUCAGAAGCAUAUCCGGUCAUGACGCUGAGUGGGAGGUGGAGCAGAUGCCGGCCAUCACUGAAGAGGACUGUCAUGGUUUAAACAAGAAUAGUUGCUCACGUGAUGAUGACCUUGACAGUGUAUAUAGUCGGAAAUAUGAACGACGUCAUCGCAGACGGCUCGGCGCUCUUCUUCUUGGCUACUCUCGACAGACGCUCUCCUCGAGAUGCGUCGGUCGAUCUCCACCUCAGGUUAAGCUUUCACUCGCCGAACAGAACUUCUCUUAUGCACAGCGUCAAAAGUGCAGUUUGGACGCAAAUGAACACUUCGUGCACAAUAUAGCGGUCUGUGAGGUGCAGCAUUUUCCAUGUCUCACUCCAAAAUGGUUGAAAAAUUAA